CACACCCACUACGUAGCACUCGAGUGUAAAUACUCUCCAGCAGUGGACCUUCACUACUUGCUGCAGUUCACCACACCACAUUCUCAGCUGCGCUCUACAGCCCCAAAAGCCUUUACAUAAUUCAUAUCCAGAUUACAAAAUAGCACACAACACAGCUCUUGCUGUCAGGAUUGCACUAGAAUAAGGAGGUCGGAAGCUGGUUAAUUUCGCCCUCAUUUGGCUGUGUCCGGAUUGCCUCGCCUCAUUACACUGAGGCAGUAAGAGUGCUGCAGAGGUUUGGACCCCUCCUCGCUUUCUCAUCACCGCCUCUGCACAGCUCAAGAGCACCAUGUCGCUGUACCCGUCUCAGAUUAAGGCUUUCAAGAGCAGCGAGCCCAAAACCCUCGGGGCAGUGGAGAUCAUCAUUGGCUUGCUGACGGUCACUCUGAGCACGAUUGUGUAUAAACUGCACUAUCACAUCCAGCGGGAGGUCAUCAUCCUCAUCGUGAAUGGUGCUCAACUCAUGCUCACCGGAAUUGUCUUGGUGCAUACUGGUAGGAGACCGUCUAAAUGUCUGGUGGGUACGACCAUUGUUUUACAGUUGCUAACCGCAGCAUUUGAUAUUGUUGGAUUUGGUCUCAUAGCCCGACAUAUACCUUUUCGUGGGGAAUCCUACUAUUACAGAGACACUGAGUGGUGUUGUGACCCACUCCAUUCAGUGUGGGCUUGCUGUGGAGAAGGAGAUAAAGAGGGACAGAAGGAGUUCCUGGUGAAUGGCAUUUUGGGCACCUUGAUUGGAUCUUUGGUAUUGGUGUGUAUUAUCGGUUUGGUUGUGGCACUUUUCGGAGUGUAUGCCCUGUCUGUUAGUGCUAUUAAGGAGUUGACACCUAUUCCUGGCUCCACUGCAAACGCACAGUAUGGUUCUGGAGGACAGGCCAGGACUAAUGUGCGUAAUGGGAACUGACAUAACAAAAUCUCUCACAGGAUAAGGUCAAUGAUUUUAGCACAGUUUCAUAUCAAUCAAAAGAACCAACUGUUUCGCCUCUAAAUCACACACAAUUUAAAAAAAAAACUUUCGUGACAAUGUAAAUAAUUUGUAAAAUUGUCAGCUCCCGUUAUUUGGCUGUUUUCUCACUCCGCAAUGAAUUUUGAUGGCUAAAUAGUUGCUAGAAUUUCAUUCAUUUUGCACUAAUAAACAAGUUUGCAUGAAAAUGCUUAUGUAGGAUCAGUAAUGAGCAGGCCAUAGACGUGAAUGCUGUAAGAUUGUUUAGAAAUGUACGUAGCAAUUCUAUUUUAAUAUGCUAACUAAUGUCCAAAUAAGACAGAUUGUCCAUGAUAAUCCAUGUUUAUACUGGACUACAACUGCUUUAAAAAAAACAAAGAGAGAAAUAUGAGCGAAGAUGUAUAAUAUAGUGUAUUAUUAAUGCAAGUCUGUGCUGGGGUGCUGUAGAACAUCAUUUGCAUGAAACAUCAGUCAAAUUAUAAGGCAAGUAAAGAGGGAAAAUACUGAACAACAUUUAUUAAGCUUUUCCUCAAACAAGAACUAGGUGCAAAAGAGUCCAAGGAAUCUAUCUGGCCAACUCAACGAUUACACACUAGCAAUAUGUAAUGAACACUAGUAAUGUCAAUGUAUUUGUAAGAAUAUUUGCGUUUACAUUUUAGUCACCCAGAGUUGACAGACUUUACAAAAGAAUGAAAGCUUGAUAAAUAUUGCCCAGUGUAUACAUGAAAGUGACGAUGUUUUUAAUGAGGGAGAAUUGUGUCAAGAUCAUCUAAGUGUUAACAAAUGACUGGCAUUGCUUGGCUUUUUUUGUCAUCCUGUUUUAUAUUUACUGAUACUUCAGGAAAGCUAAGAUGACUGCCAACUCUGUAAGUGCCACCACUUGUGACCAAAAUUAAUGGACACUAACAACAAUAAGUAAGAGGUUGAAGCCUCACGCAAGGGCUCAGCCGGUGUAAUCUCCUCUUGUGGAAGCAUGUUAUCAGUUCACAGUACUGUUUGUGUCAGUGUGUCAUUGCCUUCACAACAGCAUGUCAGAUUUACAUUUUGCCUGUAUUCUUCGACUUCUUUAUAUGUCGUGAUUGAAAAUCAUAGACAGUUUCAUGCGUGUUUAUGGAUGAUUGAUGUUUAAAAUAAACAUGAUUUACUAGACAAACAGUAGUGGAAUAUUUUCUGCAUUAAAAAUUAAAGGAAAAUGUCACACCCACAAAGUAAAAUAAA